AUGGGAGCAAUAACGGCUCGUUAUCUAAAAGCAUUCGAAGCUUCUGGAUCAACAUGGUUCCAUUUGCACAGAGCAUGUCAGAUUCUUGCUUAUCUCAUUGGCACUUCUGGUUUCGCUCUCGGCCUCUUCAUCUCUAACCUCUCUCUCUCUUCUCUCUCUCCAUCUGCUUUUCUUCAUGCCUCCAUCGGAAUCGCCAUCUUCGUCUCUUCCACUGUUCAAGUCCUGGUCGCUGUAUUCCUCCGACCACACAAGCGUCACGGUUCCAGAAUCUUCUGGAACAUCUUCCACUACGUGGUUGGCUAUGGAGUCAUCGCUCUCGCCAUCUUCAACAUGUUCAGAGGCUUCUCCAUUUCAGGCUCUUAUUACCAUAGUUGGAAGAAUGCUUAUUUUGGCAUUAUUGUUUCGCUGGGCUGUCUGGCUCUCGUAUUAGAAGUCCUUACUUGUUGCUUUCUGGCCUGCAAGAGGAGGAACAAUCAGAACCAGAAGAAGGAGAUUUCUGAGGAUGACAACGUUGCUUCACACCAGGAGAUAUGA